CCACACUAAUGUGCUCUGAUAUUCUCCAGGGCGGGUCACUCCACCCCCUCCCCUCCCCUCCUCAUGUUCAUCUUGCCUGUGUUACAUUAAGCAAGCAUCUCAAGACACGAAUUCUCGACAGUCCGCUGCAGACCUAACGGCGAUCCCAUUGUUUUGUGUUUUAAUGCAAAGGAAACCACAAUCUGGAAUCGGAAUCUCUUUGUGACUUCUGGACGCGGAGAUGAAGAAGUCAGAGAAAGACACUUUCUCUCUAGAAAUUGACGACAGGACGGAGGACGAGAAAUGUCGACACAAGGCAGCAAAACAAAAGGCACCCAAAGCCCCCAUGGACACCGACUACCAGGAGGAAAUGGAGGACACCAAACCUCAAAUACGAUUCGACCUCAAUUUUGACAAAGGCAUCCGAGGUGUCGAUCAGGACAACACCAAGAGAGACAGUCGGACGUUUGACAUCGACAGGCUGUUUGAAGCGGCGGCCAGCGGGAAUGUCACCAGAUUGGAAGGACUGCAUCAGUACCUGCAUCUAAACAUGAAGAAACUCUCUGACUCUCUAUAUAAGUCGCAUGGUAAAACUGCCCUGAUGAAGGCCCUUCUGCACCUCCAGGACGGCAAGAACCCCAAUGUUGAAUUACUAUUGGACAUCUCAGAAAGGAUUGGCGACAUUAAAGAAUUUGUUAAUGCAAAAUACACCGACGAUUACUAUAAAGGGCAGACGGCGCUACACAUCGCAAUUGAACGGAGGAGUCUGAGCUACGUCAAACUUUUGCUCAGUAAAGGAGCCGACGUCCACGCCAAAGCCUCUGGGAAAUUCUUCCGGCCACAUAAAGGCCCCAACUUCUACUUUGGUGAGCUUCCUCUCUCCCUGGCAGCAUGCACGAACCAGCCUGACAUGGUCGAGUUCCUCUUGGACAACGAGUAUCAGCAGGCCAACCCAAACGAGCCCGACUCUCAUGGCAACACGGUGCUGCACGCCCUGGUGGUGGUGGCCGAUAACACUAAGGAGAACACUGAUUUAUUCAUCGCUAGCAUGUACGAUCGCAUCCUGACCACCACGGCUCGGCUGAAGCCCAAACUCAACUUGGAGGUGACUGAAAACAAAAACGGCCUGACGCCUCUCAAACUGGCUGCCAAGACUGGAAAAAGUGGGCUUUUCGCACACAUCCUGAAGCGCGAGUUCCAGGAGUGCCACACCAAGCAUUUGUCUCGUAAAUUCACCGAGUGGGUUUACGGGCCAGUCCAGAGCUCUUUAUACGACUUGGCCUCAGUGGACUCUGCGGACAGCAAGUCUGUCCUGGAAAUACUGGUCUAUGGCAGUGACAUCCCUAACCGCCAUGAAAUGCUCCAGACAGAACCUCUGCACCAACUGCUGGAGGACAAGUGGAAGAGGUUUGCAGGCUUAAUGUUUGGUCUCAACUUCCUGGUCUACUUUGGGUACCUGUUUAUCUUCACUGCGGUGGCCUACAAUAAAAAGGAUGGAAAGACACCGUUCCCUCUGGAGCACAACACUUCAGGUUACCUGUAUCUUUGCGGGCAGCUACUAAUAACAUUGGCAAACUUCUAUUUCUUUGUCAUGGGGUUAUUAGAUCUGAAGAGGAAACGACCAAAGCUGCAGACCUUGCUGAUUGAUGGAUAUUAUGAUAUUCUUUUCUUUGUGCAGGCUAUCCUCUUCCUGGUCGCAGCCGGUCUCUAUGUCCUUGGGAGACAAGAGUACUUGGGUUUCCUAGUGCUGUGUCUUGCGCUCAGCUGGGUCAGCCUGCUCUACUUUGCCAGGGGCAGCAAACACAUGGGCAUCUACAGCGUCAUGAUACAAAAGAUGAUACUCAGCGAUAUCCUGCGCUUCCUGUUUGUCUAUGUUGUCUUCCUGUUUGGAUUCUCAGCAGCUGUGGUCACACUGCUCAUUGAGCCUCCUGUGCGGAACACCACCGGAAAGGGUCGCCUCUUCGGACCGACCUACCCCGAGUCCGAGUGCAUCAAGCCCACCUUCCGAAAUAUCUCCUACACUACGCUGCAGCUCUUCAAGUUUACCAUCGGCAUGGGUGACAUGGAGUUCACCGAGCAGUACCAAUACAAGGAGGUCUUCUACGUUCUGCUCAUUUUCUACAUCAUUCUCACUUACAUCCUGCUGUUGAACAUGCUCAUCGCCCUGAUGAACCGCACUGUGGAGAAGAUCACCAUGGAGAGCACGAGCAUCUGGAAGCUACAGAGGGCUAUCACCAUCCUGGACAUGGAGAGAAAGUUGCCAUUAUUUGUGAGGAAGAGGCUUCGCUGUGGGGUGGACAAAAAUCUGGGCACACCUUCUGAACAAGAUCACCGUCGAUGUUUUAGAGUGGAGGAAGUCAACUGGAACAAAUGGAACGUCUGCCUGGGCAUAAUCCACGAGGAGCCCGGCAACUGUAAUCGAAGGAGACGACUGACGUCGGACGGCCAGCCGAUUCAGUCAAACGGGGGGCGCUGGAGAGUCACACUUGCAAAGAGCAGAAGAGGACCACAGUCCACGGAGAUGUGCAACUUUUCACCGUGAACACACAGAAAAUGCAACUUUUU